AUGUCUCGGUUAGAGUUGGCCAGGAGUGGAUUGGAGGAAGUAGAGUGUUGGGAGCGGGCGUCGUUGCAGUGCAUUGGAGAAUGCGUGAAGAGCGAGAGUAAGCGUCGUCGGUUGCUUUGGGAGCACCGCACACGUGUGUGCGUGGAGCGUUUGCAAAAGGCUGCGGCUGCCAGUUUGAAGGUGGUGGAUGACAAGGAUGACUUGAUGCAAAUGGAGUUGGAGGGGUUGUGUGGGUCAACGAGUUCCAAUGAGUUGUGGUCUCGAUUUUACGACCGGGUGAAGGACAUAAAGGGAUAUCAUAAAAAGUGGGGUCAUCAUAUCGCCGGUGAUGCGGGUCGAAUUGAUUCCUCUGUGAUGACGGCGGAGGUUGUUGAAGAGAUUCCUAGUCUACGGAAGGUCUUUACGGAGGAGGAGGAAGGCGGCAAGGUAUUGGACUUGAAUGCGUUCCAUCAGAUGUUUGUAAAUUGGACCAGUUUUACAGCCACGAGAGAGAAUGAGUACAGGGCGAAUGCGCUGGCUCGGAUAAAGAAAAUCCGUCUGGAACGCGACAAACGGAAAGCAGAAAAGGAAGGCAGACCUCCCAUCGCCAUCGAAGACAUUGUGGUGGACGAAGAUGACCCCGACGUCAGAAACAAACUUGUUGCGCCCGCCUGCGAUUACGGCAAAUACAUCAAGACCUACCUCACCAACCUAGGCAACGUACCAAGACAUUGCAAAUACCGAGACCAAAUCUAUGGAGAAUAUAUCGUCAAAUUGGGACAGUACCUACUCUCAUAUUACAAACGACUAUAUCCAUGGGCCGCAAACGAAGCUAUGAAACAACAAACUCUCACAGACUUCGAAGACCGAUGGAACCGACAACUCGUUUCUGGAUGGAGCGGACAACCAACACACCAAAUGGAACUCUAUUGUGUUCACACUGAUCGAUUGUUCCAGAAUCCAGAAGCUCUCGAAGCUCAUCAAAAAACCAAUCGAUAUAAGAAGAAAAAGCAAAAGCUAUCAGAACAAGAUCUACAAAAAAUUAGGGAACGGUCUGUGGAGGAGGACAAGCGACUGGCUAAGGAGGAAUAUAUAGUAUUGGAAAUGUUCCGAAUACUGGCUCCUUACGUUGAUGCGACUUUACAAAACGUUCGCAAGAAACAGGCGCGCACUCUACGGGAGGUUCUAGACGAGAACAAACGACACGCCUCUGACGAUGAUGACAAAGAAGAAGUUUUGGAAGAGUCCAGCGACGACGAGGAUGCCUUCAGUAUCAACACCAGCAAAGUUAAGAACCCGCUGAAUCUUCCUCUCGGAUGGGACGGCAAGCCAAUACCGUAUUGGCUAUACAAAUUGCAUGGCCUCAGCCAUACUUUCGUUUGCGAGAUCUGUGGCAACCAGAAAUACUGGGGCCGAAAAGUAUUCGAGAACCAUUUCAGAGAGUGGCGCCAUGCUUUUGGGAUGCGGUGUCUAAAAAUACCCAACACAGUGCACUUCAAGGAAAUCACCAAGAUAGAAGAUGCGUUGACACUGUAUGAGAAACUGAAACAAGAAGGAGAAGACAAAGCAUUCUUGCCAGAUCAAGAGGUUGAGGUGGAGGAUGCUCAAGGGAAUGUCAUGACACCUCAGACGUACGAAGAUCUUCGUAAGCAGGGUCUUUUGUAG